AUGUCAACACCACCAGUAGAUCUUACUCUUGAAGAUAUUCAACUUAAUGAUGGCUAUGAUAUUGACAAAAUUAUGGACCAAUUUAAAAAAGAAGGAAAAUUAGAAAAAAAAGCAGUAUCAGAUAUUCUUAAAAGAGCAGCCAAAUUACUUGCUUCAGAACCAAACCUUAUUGAAAUUGAAGCACCUUGUGUUAUUUUCGGUGACCUUCAUGGACAAUUCUAUGAUUUAGCAAAUAUUUUACUUGACUAUCCUCAACCAAGUGAAACACAUAUGUUAUUCUUAGGUGAUUAUGUAGAUAGAGGUUACUUUGGAAGUGAAAAUGUUUUACUUCUUAUGGCAAUGAAAGUUACAUACCCACAAAGAAUGCAUUUGUUACGAGGUAAUCAUGAGUGUAGAUUAUUAACUACGUACUUUAAUUUUAGACAAGAGUGUAGUUUUAAAUAUGGAGAUCAUAUUUAUAAUGAAGUUAUGAAAACAUUUGACUGUCUUCCAAUUUGUGCAUUAUUACAUAGUGAAUUAGGUAAAUUUUUCUGUGUUCAUGGAGGUAUUUCACCUAAUCUUAAUUCACUUCAAGAUAUUAAUAAAUUUAAUAGAUUUAGAGAACCACCAGGAGCUGGUUUAUUCUGUGAUUUAUUAUGGUCUGAUCCUAUUGAUGAAAGUAUUUAUUCUAAAUUAACAGAUAAACAAAAAGAAGAAUGGCAACAUAUUACCUUCACAGAAAACAAAGUUCGUGGAUGUUCAUAUUGUUAUGGAUUUCAAGGAGUUGAUGAAUUCUUAAAAAAGAAUGAAAUUACUUCAAUUAUUCGAGCUCAUGAAGUUCAAAAAGAGGGAUGUAACUUACAUUAUUUCAAUAGAGAUGAUAUAACACAUCCAUUAGUUAUGACAUUAUUUACUUCACCAAAUUAUUGUGAUGUUUAUGAUAAUGAUGGUGCUGUAUUAGUGUUAUUAGACAAUGAAUUAAGUUUCUUAUCAUAUAAUGCAGUACCACAUCCAUUUUGGUUACCUAAAUUUCAAAAUGGUAUUAGUUAUUCAUUACCGAUAUUUUGUGAUACUCUCAACGCAGUUGCAAAGAAAGUAUAUGCUUUUUCAUUAUAUUCUGAUUUUGUUGAUGAAGACGAUGAUAAACCAAUUAAAUUUGCAUUACAAGAUGAACCACAAAAGAAAGAAAUUAAAGCACCUAUUGUAAUUAAUAAACCAAUUGAAAAACCUAAAAAAGGUAUUUCAGUUGAAGACUUUUUACAACCAUUAGAUCUUAAUUUAACUGAAAAUGAUAAUAACUCAUUUAGAAAAGCUGCAAGCAGAAGUAGAUCAUUUGUAGAUAGAUUACCUUCUGGUAUUGUUCAAAGAAAGAGGCCAGAAAAUAGACCUCGAUGUUGUACAUUCUCUAUGAAGGGACAAUUUAAUUCUACAUUCGAUAGAUUCUCUUUUACAAUUACUGCCUCUCCAAGAUUUGAAGAUGCUAAAACUAAAGAUGCUGAAAAUGAAAAACGUCCAGCUGAACUUGAAGAUUUAAAGAAACAAUGGGGAAUAGAUGAUAAUUGA